AUGGCCUCUGGGUCAUGUGACUCUUUCCUGCUAGGGCCGCAAAAGGGAGUGGAAGCAGGAGAGAGCUGCAGCAUGGUGUGCUUAAGCCACAGUAAAUUCCAGCCUAUGUGCUUACUGAGGUUACUGUACAUAAGAAGUCUGCCCAAAUUGGCCAUCCUGCAAAUGCCCAUUGAGCCGCUGGUCGACAGCUUCACACGUUCACCCGAUCCGCUGCUGGCCAUGUGCUACAUACAUGAUCAUAAUAACAUGGAAUGUGGUUUUGAGAAGCUGCGGGUUGGGACAGGAGCCAUGAUCACUCGAACACCUUACCGGAGAGACGCUUUGGGGGGCUUAGCUUUAGAGCAUCGGGGCUUCCAGAUUGUGAGGGCAAACUUGAAGAAAGCCAGAGAAAUUUCCUUCCACCCCGUUGUGAAAGGCCAUCACAUCUCAUUAGAUGGUUGCAUGCAUCGUGCAGAAAGAUACAAGAGCUUCAACCAUGGUUUACUCUUCUCAAACCGACCCCUGUACUAUCAGGAGAAAAUCUGGGUGAAGGUCAUAGAAGACGAGCCACAUUGGCACGGAGCAUUAAGACUGGGCUUCACCUCUGUGGAUCCCGACACGAUAGACCCUUCCAGGCUACCACCCUUUUCUUGUCCUGAUCUAAACCGGCGUAAUGGUUUCUGGGCUGUGGCCGUUCCUGAAGACCUGUGCUACCAGAAUAACCUGAUUUCAUUUUGGGUGAAUAAAAAAGGACAAGCACUCUAUCAGGCUAUGGGAGACUCAUGUCCAACAGUGCUUUUCUCCGGCCUCCCCAGAAACGGGCUGCUCUGGGCCAUGAUUGACGUGUACGGUCAGACCAAAGCCAUCCAACUCCUCAGUAAGUGGAAACAUUCGGAAGGCCAUCAUCCAAAAGUUUUUUGCGUGAUAUAA